ACGCACAGAGUGUGUGCCUCACCUUCACAUACUACACUCGGUGGACACAGAAUGAUCGCUACUUUUCACCGCCACUGUGUACCAAGCUUGAAACCGUUGAAGAGGUCAGUUCCCUUUCUACUGAAUUACUGAAGGAAAAUUUACCGCAACCACCGCCUACCACUCCAACAAAAAUACGAAAGCUACCAUCACCAUCUUCUAUGGUAACACCAAAAGCGGUUAGAAGCAGUUUUGCUAAAGAAGCUACUGAGUCCAAAAAAAAUUUGUCGUCCAAAGAGACGGCGAAAGUGGCGAGUGAAGUAAAAAAGAAUUUAAAUUUGGCAAACAGUAAAACCGUUGCCGAAGAAAAGAUUAUAAAAUCUCCUACUUCGCCGGAAUACCCUAACAAUCCGCGUUUGAAAAGCCCUGACAAAUCUUCUUCUCAUACACUCAGAAAAGUGUCCCCAAAAAAUAUACGACUUCCAAAAAUAGUGCCGUCUCCCACGCCACCAGAAACCACGCCGAUUACUGAAACUCACUCUAAAAUCAGUUUACCGAAAUUGAUAGAAUCUCCCACGCAAUUAAGUAGCGUUGCACAUUGAAUUAUUUUCAAGC